AUGUUGAUGCUGGUAGACUGCUCAGGCUGCCGCACGCCUCUGCAGCUGCCACCUGGAGCUCAAACCAUCCGCUGCGCCGUCUGCCAAGCCGUCACCCGCGUCGCCGACUCGCGCGCUCUUCCUCCUGCGCCCUCCUCCUCCUCCUUCCACCGCCCACCUCCUCCUUCCACUUCUCCCUACAACCACGCGCCGCCGGGGCCUCCUCCGUCGGCUCACGGACGCAAGCGGGCUUUGAUAUGCGCCGUGUCGUAUAAGCGCUCCCGGCACGAGCUCAAGGGCUGCAUUAACGACGCCAAGUGUAUGAAGUACUUGCUGGUCAACAAGUUCAGCUUCCCCGAGUCCUCCAUUCUUAUGCUCACUGAAGAAGAAUCUGAUCCUUAUCGGCGCCCAACCAAACAAAAUAUGAGAAUGGCGAUGUUUUGGCUUGUGCAAGGUUGUCAAGCUGGGGAUUCCUUGGUGUUUCAUUAUUCUGGUCAUGGAUCACAACAGAGGAACUACACUGGAGAUGAGGUGGAUGGAUAUGAUGAAACACUCUGUCCCUCAGAUUUUGAGACUCAGGGAAUGAUCGUGGAUGAUGAGAUCAAUGCGACAAUUGUCAGACCUCUUCCUACUGGGGUUAGGCUCCAUGCUAUUGUAGAUGCUUGCCAUAGUGGUACUGUGCUAGAUUUACCAUUUCUCUGUAGGAUGGACAGAAGCGGAAAGUAUGUAUGGGAGGACCAUCGCCCUCGGUCAGGUGUUUGGAAAGGAACCAAUGGUGGGGAGGCCAUUUCCUUUAGUGGCUGUGAUGAUGAUCAAACCUCUGCCGAUACCUCGGCCCUGUCAAAGAUUACUUCAACUGGUGCCAUGACUUAUGCUUUCAUCCAAGCCAUUGAGCGUGGACAUGGAAAUACAUAUGGGAACAUGUUGAAUGCAAUGCGAUCUACCAUCCGUAACACAGAUAAUGAUCAUGGAGGUGGUAUUGUGACGUCUCUUAUCUCCAUGCUUUUGACAGGAGGCAGUCUUGGUGGAUUGAGACAGGAACCACAGCUAACUGCCAAUCAACCGUUUGAUGUGUAUACAAAGCCUUUCUCCCUUUAG